AAGAUCGUCGUGAAUGUGUGAAAUGUCGAACAAUACAAGACGUCCACGUCUUAUUCAACUGGUAGCUUGACAUCCGGUCUUCAUCGCGGUGUCGAUAUCCCUUCUGUCCUACCCCGCACUACCUCUUGUUUUUCAUUACCUAGACUACAGCGCUUCUUACAUGCGGUUGCUGCUGCCUGCUUCUGAGGAUCCAAGUCCCGCCCUAUAGCACAGAUCAGUAGCAGAGGAUCAAUUGGCCACGCAGGGUCGACUCCAUAGACAGAAGACACAUCUACAUCAUGAGCGGUACGGAGAAGAGCGGGGACGCGCCCGCUUCUGCAUCUGAACAGCCGGAGCCGCCUUUGCUCCAUAGUAAUGACGAGUGGAGGGAACAAGAUCGAGGCGUCCACAAUGCAACGAGUAUGCUGCAACAUGCCAGAGCAGCCGCAGCUGCGAACAAUGAGGAUGAGCCUGCAUUCCCCGUUCGAAACAUAGCAAAGUCACCCACGAGCGUCUCAACGCAAACUGUUCAGAGCAGGCCAGCUAAUCGAGUGUAACUUAACCCCAUCCCACUCUCUCUGUUUGCUUUGCUUCCAUAUUUUGCUUUGAUAGGCUUUUCACUAAUGAAUCAUCAUCGUAGUAUGAGCGCCGAUUCGUUCUACGGGUACAAUACCGCUCUUAGCAAGCAAACUACGGGCGGUAUCUCCACUGCAAAUGGGAAUCAUUCACAGUCGUUGCCACCUCUCGAGGUAUCGGACGAGAUGCCUCCUCCCCCGGCAUAUAGCGAUACCCUGGGGCAUGUCGAGGACAACAACAGUGGCACGGGCACAAGAGCAAAGGUCGGCGAUGACGGUCGGGUGAACAUUCGCAUAGACCAGCGGUCACAUAAGCUGUCGAAGAUGCUGGUACCGGCCCUAAGGCAGCAGAGACGCUUGAUAGCUGAGCAAACGCCACUGCCCCCACCAUAUGUCCCUCCUACCCUUGGAGGCAGCCCAGGAGAAUUGCCACCCCCGCCUAUGAAUGUUGUCAUUCACGUCGUGGGCUCAAGAGGAGAUGUGCAGCCCUUUGUUGCAUUAGCAAAGGUGCUGCGCGACACUUACAAUCAUCGAGUUCGACUGGCCACGCAUCCAGUGUUCAAGCAAUUCGUCGAAGAAAACGGCAUAGAAUUCUUCAGCAUUGGUGGUGAUCCUAGUGAGCUCAUGGCAUUCAUGGUGAAAAAUCCUGGCUUGAUGCCUGGAUUUGAGACGCUGCGCAAUGGAGAUGUCGGCAAAAGGCGGAGGGGGAUCGCAGAGAUGAUCAAAGGAUGCUGGAGAUCAUGUAUUGAGGCUGGGGACGGCAGUGGCGUCGAGGCUUCGGAUAACGCGAUCGGAGACUGGAUGGCGGACGAGGAGUCUUCAACUAAAGAGAUUCCGGAUAAAUUCUCGAGGCCGUUUGUAGCAGACGCCAUCAUCGCCAAUCCGCCAAGUUUUGCGCAUCUGCAUUGCGCAGAGAGGCUGGGAAUACCACUACACAUGAUGUUCACCAUGCCGUGGUCGCCUACAGAAGCGUUUCCCCAUCCACUCGCAAACAUUGAAUCCACCAACGCUGAACAAACCAUCUCAAACUACAUUACGUACGGACUAGUGGACUUGCUCACAUGGCAAGGCCUUGGCGACAUAAUCAACCGCUUCCGAGUUCAUAAUCUCGGUCUCGAGCCCAUAAAUAUAUUCUACGCGCCCGGCAUGCUUGCUAGACUACGUAUCCCGUACACAUACUGCUGGUCCCCGGCUCUCAUCCCGAAGCCCGCAGACUGGGGAAAUCACAUCAAUAUCUCUGGUUUCUACUUCCUAAACCUGGCAUCGAACUACACUCCAGAUCCCGCUUUGAAAUCAUUUCUGGAUAGUGGGCCGCCCCCGGUGUACAUAGGCUUUGGAUCUAUCGUAGUAGACGAUCCGAACGCAAUGACUAAAAUGAUCUUUGAAGCCAUCAAGAUCACUGGACAAAGAGCAUUGGUGUCCAAGGGAUGGGGUGGCCUUGGUGCAGACGAGCUUGGCUUGCCUGAUGGUGUAUUCAUGCUAGGCAACGUGCCCCACGACUGGCUGUUCAAGCACGUCUCGUGUGUUGUGCACCAUGGCGGCGCAGGAACAACCGCUGCAGGCAUCGCAUGCGGUAAACCAACGGUGAUUGUCCCUUUCUUUGGUGAUCAACCUUUUUGGGGAUCCAUGGUCGCAAGAGCUGGUGCGGGUCCUAAGCCAACUCGAUACAAGGACCUUACUGCGCAGAUCCUAGCCGAUUCAAUUAUGGAGGCACUAAAGCCAGAGACUGUAGAGCGAGCAGGCGAAAUGGCCAAGAUUAUUUCUCAAGAGAAGGGCUGUGAUGUCGGUGCUCAGAGCUUCCAUCAGAUGCUUGAGAUGGAUAAGAUGCGGUGCUCUCUGCUUCCAGAGCAAGCAGCUGUGUGGCGGAUCCGCAAAACGCAGAUUCGUCUCAGCGCAUUGGCUGCAUACACACUUGCUGAAAAGGGCGUCAUCUCCUUUUCGGAUCUCAAGUUGUACAGACCGAUGGAAUACGAGGUCGAUAUGGGACCGACAGACCCUAUUAGCGGUAGUGCAGGCGCGAUUCUGGACAACGCUACCACAAUUGCGAUGGGCAUCGCAGACUUCCCCGUCGCUGCCCUAAAAGCAUUGGCGAUUCAUCCAGAUUCGCACAAGGGAAAGGAGAAAAAGAAAGAAAAGGGCGAAAAAGAGUCGAAGGGGAAAGGAGCUGAGACAGAAUCGACAAGUUUUUCUGCCGCCGCGUCAUCAUCGAACUCAGGCAUUGUGCCAGCACCUACAGCGCAAUCUGAAUUGACAAAUACAUCAUCGGAAAGAGCCUCGAUUUCGACUUGGAGAUCAUCUUUAGAUCUCACACCAUCCACCACACCAGGAACGACAACUCCGGGUGAAAAUUCCAAAAACAGCUUGGCUUCGCUCGAGCUCGUCACAUCUCCUGAACAGGUGAUUGAUUUAAGCUCGACGAAUAAGCACUUCUCGGUCAAUGCCACUUCGGCAACACAGAAGGAUUUGCUUUCUCCAGAAAGCGCCCAUUCUCUAGCUUCAGGUACAGCGACUUCAUCAUCUUCGGCGAGUGGCAAACGCCCAUCAGCCAUGGCGGAGGCACUGCGCGGACUGCCGGAAGGAUCACGACCGCGAUCGCGCUCAAAUUCGCGGACCAGGACCAGCAGCCACCGCAGAUCAGAGUCACGGCCUGAUUCACCAUGUCCCGCCAGUGCGGUGAAGCACUGGGCUGAGCAAGGUCACGGUGCGGAGGGCUUGCUAGACACAGCUUACGGCACCGGCAAGGGGCUCAGCAAAAUUGUGGGUGCAGGAAUGAAGAGCCCGAUGGAUUUUACGCUUGGGCUUGCAAAGGGAUUUCACAACUUGCCCAAAUUGUACGGAGAAGAGGUUAGACAGGUGGAUAGGGUUACAGAUUUAAAGAGUGGAUUGAGAGUUGCUGGCAAGGAGUUCGGCAUGGGGCUAUGGGAUGGCAUCACCGGCCUUGUCACUCAACCCAUCUCAGGUGCGAAGAAGGAAGGCGGUGCAGGCUUUGUCAAAGGUGUCGGUCGAGGCAUCGCCGGUGUCGUAGUCAAACCAGGAGCAGGAAUUUACAGUCUUCCCGGCUAUGCCAUGCAAGGUAUCUACAAAGAAGUACAGAAGCACUUUGGAAAGAGCGUUGAUAAUUACAUCAUCGCUGCUCGGACUGCGCAAGGCUGGGAGGCGUGGUUGCAGAUUGACAAAGAUGAACAGACAGAAAUCGUACAUCGCUAUUUCAAGCUCUUGGAGGAAGUCAAGCGCAAAAAGAUCAUGGGUGAAGAUUCUGUCGUAGCCGUGCAGGAUUUCAUUGAGCAAAAGAAGGAGAAGCGACGAGAGAAGUGGGCACGUAUUAGUGCGAAGAAGGAACAGCUAUCUGAGGAGUUUAAAAAGAAGGGACGCAAGUGGUCCGAGAGAGUGGAUCGCUGGCAGGAUCAUGUGCAUAGGACAAACAGCAUGGCAAGGUCCUUGAGCAAUCAUGCAUCGGCUUCAGGUAAGAGCACGUCGGAGCUCAUCUCUCCAGAGCACAGGGCCGAACUUGCGGGUACGGAGCUUGGUCAAGGACUACCAAUUCACGAAAUCUCGGCAAUAAAGCGAGCUAACUCUACCGGCCAACUUCGUCAUACUGGCCCUGUGCCCCACGACCAGCCCCUUUACCGCGAGAGCGAUGAUGAGGGGUUCAAGUACGAGCACGACGAUGAUUUUGAAAGUGCCUUACAAAGUGCAAUCAAAGAGUCGUCUUCGGGCGACCAGCAGGAGGAUCAAGAUAUAGAUCGUGCUAUUCGGGCUAGCAUCUCGCAUCUAACUCGACAGAUGACCCUGCGAGACACAGGGCCGGCCGCGGACGAGGACGAGGACGACGAGCAGCUUAGAAUGGCCAUAGCCGAGAGCUUGAAGGAUGCAUCUAUUGCGCCUACUGGUGAGCAGGAGACGGGAGUCCUCAGAGCACCGAGCAUCCCACCAAAAAGUCCACGACGUUCGCUGAUGCCAAGGUCACCUAUCAACCAAACAGGUCCAGGAACUAGCAGCACCAAUAGAGGUAGCUCGAUUUCAACCCCCACUGCGGCCGCUGGUAUCGAUGGCGCCGACGAAGAUGAUGCGGAUCUGAAGAAAGCCCUGGAAGAAUCGCGGAAGAUGGACGAGGAUUUGAGGAAGGCUAGACAGGAGGAAGAAAUUGUGCUAGAGUACGUAAAGAAGCAGAGCUUGUUGGAGGAGGAAUUUAGACGCAACUCGAACCAACAAGGUGGCGCCGGCAACGGAGAAUCAAGUAGACGGAGUUAAGGGCAGAACAUGCUUUGGAUAGACAAAUUUUCAGUAUGAUGGCAUGCUUUGAUGAACACUGAUACCCUUUGGCUUUAGUAAAACGGAGAAUCCUUUUUUUGUUCCAGAUUCAAAGCUGGACUUCACGACAU